ACAAGUCAGAAAAACCAUAAUAUAGCUCCUGCGUGUGGUUCUGAAACUGAAACGCUCUGACGUCUGUGAUGGAUGUUAUCCUGAACUUCAACUACAUCCACAUCAUCCAGACUCAGACCAGGAACAGCCUCACACUGCACGACUUCAGAUCAGGAGGAAAUAUACACGCAUGUGCUGCUGAGGAGACAAACAGCAAAUAUCUUUGAGGAUAGAUCAUAAUAUAAGUAAGACAGCUUCUUCACAGAUGCAGCUCCAUCUUUAGGUUUUGGGUCACAGGCAGCUCACCAUCUGAGUUUCCAGUCAAAAAGACAUGAGCAGGAAACGCCACCGGAGUUCAUUCUUCGGGCUGUUGGACCUUUCUUCAGCUUUCCUCUCACAGAACAGUGAAGCAGGUGGAGCAGGUGGAGCUGUGAGGAAGGAUGGAGCUCCGCUGUUUACUGAUCGGGCUCUUACUGAGGACUGUGGCUGCUGCAGAGGGAGAUUCUGAGGUGUCCUGUGUUUUUAUGGAGAGAUGCAUCUUACCGUGCAGUUUCCAGACUGGGAAAGAUAUCGUCAUCCACUGGUUUAAGGUACCAGGAGACCUUCACGUCCACUCAUUCUACCACAACAAAGACCAGCUUGGACACCAGGACCAGCGCUUCAGAAACAGGACUUCACUGGACCAGAUCUCCAGAGGAAAUGCUUCACUCCAGCUGACAGGGGUGCAGGUUCAGGACCAGAGCAGAUAUAAGUGCCACACCAGCACCAUCAGAGGAAACUUGGAGUCAUUUAUUAACCUGAAGGUGGACGCUCCAGUUCAUGAAGUCAGCAUUGAUCAGGUAGGAAACAGAAUCACCUGCAGCUCAGAGGGGAUCUACCCUGAACCUCAGCUCACCUGGUCCACCAGCCCUCCAUCCAACAUCACCUUCACCAACACCACCACAGUGCAGCAGCCUGAACAGCUGCUUUACAGCAUCACCAGCUCUUUGAUGGUUUCAGCCGGUGUUUAUGACCUGCUCUUUAUCUGCACCAUCAGCACUCGCAGGAACAGGAGGAGAGCCACUUUGAGGAAACUAGCUGAUAUCAGUGCUCCCAGCACCGAGGUAACAAUCCCCUGCACCCCCCCAAACACCACCCUCACCAACUUCAGCCUCGUCUGGAGCUUCAAUCACACUCAGACCAUCGUGAAGCAGACCGGGACCAACGUCACCUACUCGGUGUCAGACGGGUGGAAGCAGCAGGUGAAGAAAGUGUCAGAGUCAGGCAGCCUCGUGCUGAAGGACUUAUCCUCCAAACAGGAGGGGGGGUACACCUGUGAGCUCAGCAAUGCUGAGGAGACUCACAGCACCAACACCCACCUGAGGAUCAUCAAAGGGGGUCACAGUAAUGCUGCAGCCAUCGUCACAGCUGUGCUGUUUGGAACCGUGCUGGUCGCUGCCCUUCUCUACAUAUACACAAAGGUUUUGCCUUCAUUUGCUCCUCGGUCACCUGCACAGGAGCAGGUGGGGUCUUGUUCACGAGUGACGGGAUAAAGGAGAUCAACAGAUGUUACACAGUGCUCCUCCACAUCACAGGAACCAGCUGAGGUGGUUCAGCAUCUGAUCAGGAUGCCUCCUGGACGCCUCUUGGGUGAGGUGUCCUGGGUAUGUCCUACCAGGAGGAGGC